AUGUCUGGGGGAAAUUCACCCCCGCUCAUCAGCACUCCCGGCCCGUCUCACAAGGGACGACAGGUGAUGCCUCAAUCAAGCAGAUACCAACCAACGCCAGCAGCUCGCAUAGGCUCGAUGGGACUCGGGACGGACAGUCUGCCCGGGCCUUCGGUCGCGGCCCAGAGGACUCUGAGGAUCGAACCGGAGGAAGAUAACCUUCCUUCGUUGACCGAUCCCUCUGGGCCCUCUCGGCCGCGGAAGAAGGCCAGGUCCGAGUCUGACCGAGGCUCAUCGAGCGAUAAGGACAAGCGUCCCAGACUAGGCCCUUCCUCCAGAUCGGAGGGGGAGGAUAGUUCGACCACGUCCUCGGCUCAUUCCUCGACAGAAUCAGUCACUCCCUCCUCGUCCAGAUCUUCGUCCCCCUCUGGGAGUCCAAUCCCAGCUAAACCAACUCCGAAACCUAGGGCUCCCGCCAGGACAGGGAUAGCCCUAAGGCAACAACGAUCCCCUCCUCGUUCUCCCUCCCCAACGCUUUCCCCUAUCCCGGUAGACUCAACCCGAGGUGCCCCCGCCCUAAGCGGCACGGCGGGUAACCUGGAUUCGACCAGGUAUAUGGACCUCGAGUCUACCAGACCACACGUCCCAAAGCCCAAUCCCACUCCUUCUACCUCCUAUGCUGCCAUGGCAGCUAGGCCAGGUGUUCCCACCACCCAGAGGACUUCCCAAUCCUCACAAAUUCCUCCCCCGAGGCCGAAGGGUCGUGCCCAGGAGAUGCCUUCGAAGGUGGCGGUCCGGGGCCUCCCUGCCGACACCGACGAGGCAGAAAUCGUCAAUGCCCUGAAGGAGCUGGGAUUCCCGGCUCGAUAUGCCAGGUGCAUUAGGUCCCAGAGAGGGCGUCCGGGCUGCGUGUUUCACGUAGCCCUGGAUCACCUCUCGAAGGACGGUCUCGCCCGCUUGUGUGCCGGGGAGCACAUCGUAGCGGACUGCCCGAGGCCGAGGGACGGCCCAUUCUCCUGUGCUAAUUGCGGGAAAGACCAUUCCGCCGUCGACAGACGGUGUGCGGUCUACCGCAAACGGGCCAGGAUGAUGGGAGUAACCGUCCCUCCUCCUGCGCCACAGGCGCCUCGAGCGGGGAGUGCAGCUCUUCCGGCAUCUAAACCAGUACCAAAAUGGAAGGGGAAGGGGAAAGGGAAAUCUUCCCAGCCCCCCCCCCCUUCCCACUCCGCUCCGUCUGCUGUGGUGGUGGAGGCGUCGCCAUCGGCGUCUACACUGAUGGCACAGGCCAACCCGCCACGGCAGACAACCAAAUCCAAGCCUACUCCUGCUCCCCGUGGUCGAACUACUGCUGCUCCAUUGCCACAACAAACACCUUGCCCGACUAGCGGUCUUACGACAACAAAAAACAGGGAAAAGAAUAGACGCAAAAAAUUGAAAAAAAAGGCAAGGAAAAAGGAAGAGAAAGCAAGAAGGGGCAUACCAGAGCCUAUAGUGCCGGAUCCCCCAUCGAGAACCCAUGUCGAAACCAUGGAGGUCUCUGAGGCCUCCCCACCAGCCCAAUUACCGACAACAAGCCCGCAAUUGCCUUCGGCCCAUCCGGCCGAAGCGCCUUACGCUGGAGAUGGCGGUUUGGAUAAGUUUGUAAUUGAAGGCUCGUCUGCCGUGUCGAACAGUGCUCAGGGCCAACAACUACACGAUCCUCGACCUGAUCUAAAUUACUUUAUUUAA